GAAGAGAAGGAGAGGGAAGGGGACAGUCAGGAGGAGGGAAGUGUAGCUACUGAAGGCAGGAAUAUCACUGCUGGCGUGAGUGUGUGCGUGUGUGAAGGUGUGUAAGGGUGUGUGAGAGGCUGAAAGUGUUCAGUGAGCAGAGCCGGGUGUGUUAACAGCGCUGAAGGAGCCCGGGGGGAUGAGAACACACACCAGCCGACCUGUGAGGCUGAAGAUAGAGGAGCACUGAGGAGCUGAGCGCGUUUAGAGGGAGACAACACCGAUACACACUCCUCACCACCUCCACAACCAUUCACUAAAAACUGGGCACGAGCGGCAGGACUGGGCACUCUGUUCCCUGCACGGGUUAAACAAAGGAAGUGCACCCCCUCUGCAUCUGAAUAAAUGUGUGAUUCUUUCUGUGUCUCUUGCAGCCGGCUCUAGAGGAACACAGCAUUGAGACACAUACAGUUUUCACCAACCUCGUCCUUAAUUUCUGCUGUUGUGGUGUCGUGAUCCGGGGGUUUCGCUACUUUUCUCUCCACCGUCCCAAUGAAGGAGGCCGACGCAAUAAAGCUCUUCAUCGGGCAGAUCCCAAGGAAUCUGGAGGAGAAGGACCUCAAGCCCAUCUUUGAGCAGUUUGGGAAAAUCUAUGAGCUGACAGUGAUCAAGGAUAAAUACACCGGCAUGCACAAAGGAUGUGCCUUUCUGACAUACUGUGCACGGGAGUCAGCCCUCAAAGCCCAGACUGCUCUGCAUGAGCAAAAGACAUUGCCAGGGAUGAACCGGCCCAUUCAGGUGAAGCCUGCAGACAGUGAAGGAAGAGGAGAGGAUAGGAAGUUGUUUGUAGGGAUGUUGGGGAAGCAGCAGGAGGAUGAUGAUGUGAGGAAGAUGUUUGAGCUGUUCGGCAGGAUUGAUGAGUGUACAAUACUGAGAGCACCUGAUGGAACCAGUAAAGGCUGUGCAUUUGUGAAGUUCCAAAGUCAUGCGGAAGCUCAGGCAGCCAUCAACAGCCUUCAUGGGAGCAGGACACUACCUGGAGCUUCCUCCAGUUUGGUGGUGAAGUUUGCAGACACAGAGAAAGAGCGAGGGCUGCGGCGCAUGCAGCAGGUGGCCUCACAGCUGUCUGUCUUCAGCCCUAUGACCCUCAACCUGGGAGCCUACAAUGCUUACGCACAGGCUCUGGUACAGCAGCAGCAGACCCUAGUAGCACAGUCUGCCUACUUAUCACCCAUAGCAACGGUUGCCACAGUGCAGAUGCAGCAAAUGGCAGCUCUCAAUGCCAAUGGCAUUAUAGCCACACCCAUCACACCAAUUACACCUUCCUCAGGCACAAAUACUCCGCCCUCUAUUGCAGCGACACCUGUUCCUGCCCUGCCUCCACCAAUCGCACUCAAUGGUUACAGUCCUGUGCCUACGGCAGCCAAUGGACAGUCUGCAUCUGAAACAAUCUACACCAAUGGCAUUCACCCAUUUCAAGCUCAGAGUGCAGUUGCUGUGUUGGAUCCCCUUCAGCAGGCUUACACUGGAAUGCAGCACUACACAGCGGCCUACCCUGCUGCAUAUGGACUGGUUAGCUCGCCAUUUCCACAGCAACCAACACUGGUUCCCCAGCAACAGCAGCAACGAGAAGGUGAUGUCAUUUCCUGUCCUGAGGGCUGUAAUAUCUUCAUCUACCACCUACCCCAGGAGUUCACAGACUCUGAACUGCUGCAGAUGUUUGUACCGUUUGGAAAUGUCAUCUCUGCUAAAGUGUUUGUGGACAGGGCCACCAAUCAGAGCAAGUGUUUUGGCUUUGUUAGCUUUGAUAACCCCACAAGUGCUCAGACUGCCAUCCAGGCCAUGAACGGCUUCCAGAUCGGAAUGAAGCGUCUCAAAGUCCAGCUAAAGAGGCCAAAAGACGCAAACAGGCCAUACUAAGAGAGGAAUGCACCUGACAGACAGGUUGCAAAUGGUAAAGAAGUUAACAAAAGUUCAUGCAGUAAAUUCAAGUGUGGAGUUCCGACGUGAGGAGACAUUUACUCAAAACACAUACACACAUCAACAUAUCAAAUGUGCAAAUGGACCACACCUGUGUAAAGAUAUUGUACAUAAUCAUAAUUCAUAUGCAUUGACACACACACACACACACACACACACACACACACACACAUCCUGGACGAUAAAAAACAGAGACUGCAACAUAUAUAACAUAAGUGUGAGUCACACACCUCAUUACUGCUCAUGGAAUCUAUAUAUCCAAAAGAGACCAUAAAAAAUCGUAAAAUGAUACAGAAAUAAAUUUAGAUCUGUGCAGUGUGAGGAUUAUUAUCAGGUGUAAAUACACUAGUUACCAUCCUAGAAAAAUAAAAAAGAUUAAAAUAAAAGGGGUAUAGUUUACAUGAAAAUAACAACCUACUAAUGUUGUUAUUAUUGUUAUGAUUAGUAUUAUUAUUGCUGUUAUUAUUACUACUACUGUAGAAAAGAUCUUUUAAAAAUAUCUUUUGAAUUGAAAAAGUAUUUCUACUUUUCUCGAAAUAUAAGAGGCAUUGCGUUUUUUUUCAGAGUUUUAAUACUUAAUCUAUUUUUAUUUGUUGAUUAAUUUAUCUUUUUUUACAAAUCAGAUCACAAAUACAGAUUUUAAGUUUGUUGGAAUAAAAUUUCUUUAUUUUAGAGUUUUCUUCUAAAAGAAGUCAAUUUAAAAAGAUGUAUGACUUUGUAUCUGAAUAAUUAUGAAUUACAACAAUAUUUAUUUCUUAUUUAUUGACUAAUUUUUAAUCAAACCUUUCUUUCUAAUUUAAAUAAAAUACAAGUGUUAAAAUA